AUGCUCAUCCUCAGCGGACAUCGCUCCUGGUGCCGAUCUCUCGCAGCUACCGAGAUCCAGCGGCACGUUCGCACCUUCCUGGAGCGGGACACCCUGCGGAAAGUGGCCAAACAGCGCGGCCAAAGACUUGCCGUGCACUGCUUCCGUGGGAUUGUGCCCCGUUACGACGCGCAGGUUGCCUUGGCAAGAUUACGGAUCCUCGCGGCCGCGUCCUUCUUUAAGGAGUUCCUCCACGUCAUGGACGCUCGGGGGGUUCUCCUUCGUCUCCGUGCCGAGCGGAAUGCCAGGAUGAUCCAGACGAUCAGCCGUGGCAUGCUUUGCCGCCGACAGUUCCGAGCACUGCUGACGAGGCGACGCGCCAACGCAUCGCGGGAGCUCAAGGCCUAUUUAGAGGCCGCACGCUGCCGUUUGAAGUUUGCUGAGUUCCGCAGGUGCGAAGGCUACCACCGGGCCGGGCUUCUGCUUUCUGAGACAAAGUCGCUCAACAUUCUACUGGGCCAUGGCAGCCGAUACACGCAGCUCCGGACUAAAACCCCGCCGCCGCCGCCGCCACCGUCGAAGCGGGCAGCGAGCCUCCGCUCCAUCAAGGAGGUGGCCAGCCCCCGCCAACAGAAAGAGGCCGAGACGUCAGUCAGAGUGCCGGAUGACGUCAUGAGGUCCCUCAAUGUGCUGCGGUCGGCUGCAAGCUCCAUGGGCACUGCAAGGCAGCUGUCACCUCGGACCGGAAGCCAGUCGGAAGGUCAACUUGACCGAGGGCACGACGAGAGAACCAAUAUCGAAAGUCAGCCCGAACCAGAGCCUCGCGCGGAUCGCGCUUCCUCCCGCAAGGGCCCGGCGCCGAAUGGCCGAGCAGGUAGGAGGCAGCAGCAGCCGCAGCACGCUGUUGCUGCACCAACAGCCAGCGCUGCGAGUAUAGCAGGCACAAGCUGCAAGAGCAGCAGCAGUGCCAGCAUGCCCUUGGCCAACCAUGGACACAAGAGCUUUCCGAGACAACCGCAGCCAUCGCAGCCAUCGCAGCCCAGCCGCUCUUCGUCUGUGCAAGCAACUCCGCCCCGCAAGAUGCGGGCGGAAAGCUCGGAGACGAUGCCCGAGACGCCUCACUCUGCGAGCUCGACUUGGGGCCGAAAAGCGUCUCCAACGAGCAGCUCCAGCCGAUUCGAUCGCGUCUCCCUCGGGAGCUCUGAGGGGAAACCGGCCCCGGUGCAGCUGCGGGCCUGGCUGGAGCGGGCACGCCAGGAGGCCAGCGCGCUCUACACCAGCGGGGCCCUCAAUGGCCUGCGGAGCCCGGACCGCGGUCGGAGCCGAAGGAGCUUGUCGCCCGGAAGCACGCAGCAUCUGCAGCAUCUGCAUGUUGAGAGCGGAAGCAUCUCCGUAGCCGGCGAGGAGAUUGUAGACCCUCGCGUUGAGAUGUUUGCGCAUCCACGGUCUUUGUCGCCUUCCGUGCGGGAAUGCACGAUUCGUGGGUCCGCCGUCAGAGAUCCUGGCUUUAGUGCUCAACGCGCCGCCCCUUUCACCAGCGUGCAGCGCCAAGCAAUGUCGCAGCUGGCGCGCCAAUCUGCUUCACAGCCGCGUGCCUCCAGCUCCCGUGAUUUCCGGCCUUCGAGCUUCGGGGAAUCCCCGCUGGCGCCAGACACUGAGCAAACGAAUCCCAGUGAGUUCAGCCAAGGGCCGGAGAGGCCGCAGGCUGCAUUGGGACAGCCUUUUCAGGAUCAGCACGUGGAGAUGGCGGAAAGGACCCAGACAAGGGAGCCCACUCAAGAGGAGGCUCAGGAGCUGGUUGCUGAACCGGUGACUCGCAGCGGCAUCCAAGCCGGGCGCCCCCUCACAGAGGAUGCGUGCUGCAGACACGAAGAGCUCUUGCAGAACCAGCUGCUGACAACGCAGGCGCAGCUGGAGGAUCUGCAGCGCCAAUACCUUGAAGUGAAGCUUGGCUAA